CCCGGGAAGGGGCCGCGGGUCCCGAGCUGAGAAGAGGGGCCCGGGAAGGGCCCGGCGGGAGCGGGAAGGGCCCGGCGGGGCGUGGCGUGGGCCCUGGCCGGUGGCGGAACUGCAGGCGCGGGCCGGGCGCUCCGGCCGGCGGCGGGGCCGGGCGCGCCGCUGCACCGGCGCGGCUGUUGCCGUUCCGCGGGCGGGGCUGCCCCUAUCCAAGAUGGAGGCGGCGGGCAGAGCAGGGCAGGAGAUGAGCCUGGCGGCCCUGCGGCGGCACGACCCCUUCAUCACCGGCAUCGCCGACGUGACCGGCCAGGUCGCGCUCUACAGCUUCAGCCCCAAGGACAACGAGUGGGAGAAAACCGACAUAGAAGGGACCUUAUUUGUGUAUAAAAGGUCAGCUUCUCCUUAUCAUGGUUUUACGAUAGUGAAUCGACUGAAUAUGCACAAUCUGGUUGAGCCAGUAAAUAAAGAUUUGGAGUUUCAGCUCCAUGAACCUUUUCUGCUCUACAGAAAUGCCAGCUUGUCAAUUUACAGUAUUUGGUUUUAUGACAAGAAUGACUGUCAUCGAAUAGCAAAACUCAUGGCUAAAGUUGUUGAACAAGAAGCUCAGAGGUCGCAGCAAAUUGCUCAGGACAGAAAAAGUCCCAGCAGAACCAAUGGCUGCAAUGACAGGCCCAUUGACAUCCUAGAGAUGCUUAGUAAAGCCAAGGAUGAAUAUGAACGAAAUCAGAUUAGUGACCUAAGUAUUAUAUCAAGUUCUGGAAUGCAACAGAAUUCAAAUCCUCCAAAGCCAGAAAGCACAGAGCCUUCAGAACAGAAGCCUUCAUUACAAGUGCAAGAGCAGCCAUUUCAGUCAAGGCAGAAGCAUCUGACUUUGGAGGAACUGUUUGGAACCUCUCUCCAAAAGGAACAGCCUGCAGCUCCAUAUCCCAAUCCAGAGAGAAUGGAGAAGUUGCAGACAGAUGCAUCUGCCAGAGAGCAGCACAGUUUGCUUUUGCCUUUUUCCUUUGACCAGUCACCAGUAAUGCAACAAUCCCUGGGGAAAUGUGAAAGUCCAAGCAUUAAACCCAGUACCAGCCAGCAGGACUGUUUGACACCUAUGAUAAUACCUCCAGCUUCAGUUUCCCAGCCUGAGCUAAAAAACGUUCCAAGCUAUUCAGUUCGUUUAAGCCCUGUUCUUAAUUCAGCCUCAACAAUGGAAGCUGCCCCUGCUCAGAUGCUUCCUGGCCUCAAACAAAGCAACAGUAUAAUGCAAGUUAUGCAGCAAGCUGCCAAGCCCAUAUCCCCACUGGUGAAUCAGCUUACUGAUACAAAGCCAUCUGAAGUGAACCACGCUCCACAGAAUCUAAUGGCUGGCCAAGGCCAGCUCAUAGCACCCUUGACUACAGCAAACACAGGGACUGUCUCAAAUGCAUCUCAUACAAGUGUUGAUCUUCUCCAGAAACUCAGGUUGACCCCACAGCAUGACCAAACACAGCAGCAGUCUCUCACUAAGAGUCCCUUAACACCAAACAUCUCUGCCUCGGUUGGCCAACUUGCAACACCAGAAAGCUUCAAAGAAUCUCACAGUAAGCCAUCAGCCUUGAACAGCAAGAUAAUCUCUCCCCUUCAGACUGUACAACAAAACAAGGAAUCAGAAGUAUUUCCACAGCCGAAAACUUUGUCUAAAGCAAGUCAAGUUGCACCUCCACAGUUUGUUACAGCCCCAACGACAGUAACACCUUCAGUGCUCUUGUCUCCAAGUGUGUUUCAGCAGUCAGCUACAAAAGCUACUGAAGUGGAGAAUAAAGCCAGUUCUUCUUCGCCUUUAACACUUGGAACAACAGAAAUUCAGACUACACCUCCUACUGUUCUCAGUAGGUCUCAGCUUCAAGAAGCACUGAUACAUCUAAUAAAGAACGAUUCCCGUUUUCUCAGCACUAUCCAUGAAGUCUACUUGCAAGUCCUCACCAAGAGUACAGACAACAUUAAGCUAUAAUUGAAGCUGAAUCCACUUAAAAUAUGUUCAUUUUAGAAACAAUUAUGCCUCAUCUAUAAAACUAAUAUUUUUGUAAAAGAAUAUUUAGUUUUCAAUGUCUUGAAUUUGAACCUGUUAGGAAAUAUUAUUCCUUAAAUACUUAUGAAAGUAAUGUUCUCAGAAUGAUCUAGGUUUUCACUGUGAUCAUCACCAGCAAACCUUUUUUUUAUUGGGGAGGGGACUUAAGUUGCAUUUGAGCUCUCAUUAGCAUUAAGUGAAUGUGCAAAUGUUUGCUCUGGCUCUCAUUCCUGGCUGUAUUCAUUGUUCAAGGAUUACAGACUCAAAACUAUUUCAACCAGCAAAUGCACAGUAUAAUAAAUACACUACAGCACAGCAGAACCAAAUUCAGUUGUGAGAACCUCGUUCCAGUUUGAAGGACUAAGGAAAAUGAGAGCAAAAUGCCUUGAGAUUAAGCUGGUAGGUGUGUGGAGGGAAAGGGUCUGGAAGCCAGGCCAUUGGAGCUAAAUCUUUAACAAAAGGUCUGAAAAUGUGAUUAACUAAAUACAUUGGCAAUCUCUAGCUAAUGCAUGUAAAUUCAUCCUUUCAACAUUUCAUUAAUCCUAUUUGUUUCUGUGUUACUGAUAUAAAACACCCAAGUGGGUAAGGCCAUUUUCUCUAAAGAGGCAAAAUUUGAAAUAUGCAAAAUCCUCAGUGAUUGUACUUUUUUUUAAACAACAAAGGAGUUGCAUGUUGAAGUUCUCAUUUUAAAUUUAUAGUUAGGAGACCACCACUGGAAGGCUCUCUUCCUGUUCAGCAGUGUUUGAUAAAAUUUAAACAUUUUGUUUCUUUUUAGAUUAAGGAUGGACCACACUGUAGUUGGCUUUCACUCCUCAGUGUUGGAACUGCAGUGUUGAAAACUAUGCAGAUGGGAAACAAAUGCAUGCUUUUCUUCUGUUGCCCUCUCCCCAAAUAAUUAGUGUACACUUCAUAGUCUGAAGUUAAUCUAAUUAAAAUGUUACUGCUUUGUAUAUGUAAUUUAGUAAGUCACUAUUCUCUUAGAAUUUAACUGGGUACUUUUCCCAAAUCAGAAAAAUUUUAAUUAUACUUUCUUAUGCUGCUGUGUUGGUUUACCCAUGGGUUGUAUUUAUUUAUUAAAAGGCAUGCAAAGGUAAUCUGAGUUCAGGUCCCAACAUUUUCCAGCAAUAGUAGUUUAGUUUUUCAGUAGAAAAGUGUUGGGUUAUUGAGUAAAAAGAUAAUCUGUAGUGAGUUGUGAUGCACUGCUUCAUUCUUUUCCCUCAAGCACUAUUGAAAUAUGAAGAAAAAUAUUAUUUGGCUCCUUACAACAUAUAUGUAAGUAUAGAUCUCCUAAGGAUUACUUAAUGUUGACAUAGUCAAGGUGCAUGGCCAUUUCAUUGGAAACUAAUAAUUGAGCUUUAAUUGUGACUUGUUCACAAAUCAGGAUGUUUUAGAUACAACGAAUAUUUACAUACAUUCAAAUAUUUUUUUGUAUUUGAACUAUUUUAGGUUUUUUUCUUAGCUUUAUAGUGGAAAAUAUAUUUUGUUUAGCACUACCUGCAUUCUGAAAAGCUCUUCUCAGCCUUUGAUUUCAGUGUUUCCAAUUAAAAUAUAUAGUAUAUUGUUAGAAAAAUGUUCAAGAUUCAGGGAAAGAUGCUAAUGUGCAUUCAUCAAGAAAUAUAUUGGAUUUAAUGGUAGCAUUUAAAUUCAGCAAUACAAACUAAGACUUCUUAAGGAAGAUAGGAACUUGUUCCAUAAAUUCUGGAGUUACAAUACUGUGUAUGCACAUCAACAAUGAGAUUCAAGUUAGAUUCAAAGUCUAAACUGAUUUUAUGUUGGGCUUUUUAGGAAAAGUUUCACUGAAAGGGACAAACCAGGAAGCAGUUCCUCUGAACAAAAAUGGACAGUCCAAGCCAAAUAGAGGGUUGCUCUUACCUAGAUUUAGCACAGAUGGAGUCUGUAACUUCUCACUUCUCGUGGACAACUUCUGGUUUCUUAAUGAAAGAUUUGAUAAAGGUUUGGAAGAACAGAAAUGUUGGAAGUUGAUAGUGCAUGUUGGUACUGUUUGCUAAAUACAGUCAUAUCCAAAGAUCUGUAGAAAUGAUAGGAAGGAGUUGUAUUUUGAGUUCUUCAGCCAUAGACAAAAGUAAUAAUACUUUCAAUAUCCUUAACUUGUGAGGGUUGCUGUGCAGCUGGAAACAAGCAGUUGGCAGAUCCUUACUUCACUUUGGUUUUGUAGUGUCCUUGUUAGCAGCAGAUUGAUGGUUUACUUCCCUGCCCAAACUUUCCAAAUGAACUGGCAGAGAACCAGAGUUGGAAUUGUAGUGUCCA